GGUCUGAUGGGUGGCGCUAAUAACUGCUGUUGGUUCAUAUUUUCCCCCUGAUUACAGUCUCCCCGCAGCCAAACACAGCCCUGGCAUUUCCAAAGGCUGACACAGUCAUUCGCCGGUCAGUAAAGGGAGAGUUUGGAUACCAGGUGAUCUUCCAGAGAGCGGAUGUCGAGAAGGUGCUUUCGUUGAUGUUCUUUCCCGUGGAAAUGUCUGCACAGAUAUCCCCUGAACUGAAUCGCCUGGAAAUAAAUCGACUCCUUUGAUUUGAUUAUUUAUUUGGAGCGCAGGAUGAUUCCGAACGCUUCGCUCCAGGGUUUCCUGACUCUGGAAAUAGUUUAUCUCUUGUUUACCUCUGCCCGGUGUGCGCCCGUGGUCCACAAACCCCACACAGCUCUAGACAGCAAAGAGCAACUAAAAGCAACUGUGGCAUUCUUGGAAAAGUAUGGUUACCUUGAACCUGGGCCCCUCGAGCAACUGAACUCUGCACAGGUUAAGGAGGCAGUGAGGGAGUUCCAGUGGAUUUCCCACCUGCCGGUCAGCGGCACCCUAGACGAGCGGACGGUGGAGCUGAUGUCCAUGCCGCGCUGUGGAGUGAAGGACGUCGGCAGCCACGAGAGUUGGGAGGGCCGAGUGAAGGCCCUCUUCCUCGGCCAAGCCGGCAAACCCAGGAGGGCGAAGCGUUACUCACAGCAAGGAGAGAAAUGGUACAAACACAACCUGACGUACAGGAUUAUCAACUGGCCCAGGUACCUGGAGCAACGGCGUGUGAGGAUGGCAGUGAAGACGGCCUUUGAGCUGUGGAGCAACGUGUCACCGCUGACCUUCGGGGAGGUGAUGGACGGCCCUGCAGACAUCCGCCUCGCGUUCUACCAGGGCGAGCACAAUGACGGAAUUGGCAACGCCUUUGAUGGACCAGGCGGAGCCUUGGCCCAUGCUUUCUUUCCCCGAAGAGGAGAAGCCCAUUUCGACAAUGAAGAGAGGUGGUCCCUGAACCAGGGCAAAGGCAGGAACCUGUUCAUCGUCACCGCACAUGAAAUUGGACAUACACUGGGCUUGGAGCAUUCUCCCAUCAAAAAUGCCCUGAUGUCUCCAUUUUAUAAAAAGUUAGGCCGAGACUUUAUCCUAAACUGGGAUGACAAGAUGGCCAUUCAGAAACUCUAUGGGAAGCCGCUCCACCAGCCAGGAGUGCAGCCACUGGCGGAACUGUUGACUUCCUUCCAGAACCCUGCAGAGCACACUGAGCCUGGGGACCCUGCGGACCGCCACCUGCAGCCUUCCUACUGCCGAACACACUUCGACACCCUGACCAAGGAUUUAAAACAAAAUAUCUACAUAUUCCGGGGAGCCGACUACUGGAAGCUCUCAAGAGACGGCACCAUCAGAGGACCUCUGUCACUGCAGAAGAGCUGGCCCGAGCUGCCCCCUGCCAUCGAGGCAGCAGCCAUGUCAGAGAAGGAAGGGAAGUUCUAUUCUUUCAGAGGUGGCCGGUGUUGGAGAUACACGGACAACCUGCUGGACGAGGGCUACCCAGUCAAAGUGAAGUCCAUGGGGCUGCCUCGCCACCCAGAUGCCGCAUUCUAUUUCCCCCCGCUCAGUCACCUGGUUAUUUUCAAAGGAUCCAAGUACUUUGUGUUGAACGAAGAGACGAUGAAGGUAGAGCAGUAUUACCCGCGGACUCUCAGUGACUGGAAAGGGAUCCCCGUCGGCAUCAAUGGGGCUUUCUCCUGGAACGAUAAGCGGACCUAUUUCUUCAAAGACGACACGUUCUGGAGGUUUGACAACAGCAGACUGAAGGUGUUGCGCCAGGGGCGGUGGGCGCAGGAACUGGAGUGGACGGGCUGCCAGCCCACCAACCACACGGACUCUGCGCGGCCGCAGACGUGACUGAAGGCGCCCAGA